GACGCAAGAGUACACAGCUGUCAAUCAAACUGACGGGUUAGAUGUAAACAACAUUUUACAAAUUUAGGUAGAUUGAAGGAAAAUACAAAACAAUUAUUAGGCAGCUUUAACAUGAAGGCAAAAAGGAAAAGCUAAUCCCUUAUUUGUGUGUAAACUGUAGCCUAAAACCUAAGCUAACCUGUAAUUUUCUAACCUGUGUAGCUUUUAAGAACCAUAAUAUGGGAACUAUAUAAGUAGAAAUGACCAGUCUGACCCUACCUUUGGAUAAUAUUGAUGUGAGUGAAAAUACAGAACAAAUCAGUAAGUUAUUUCCAAAGUGUCGGCCCCGGAGUGAUAUUAAUUUAAAUCCAAUUGUUGACCCUUCAAAAGAACAUGAAUGUGUGGACCAUACAGCUACCAACCUUGUAAUGAAUGUCCAAGACAAAAAUGAUGGGUGGAUGGCAGAUAGUUCCUGUAAUAUUAGUAGAGACAAUAAUUCUCCUCAUUACUCACCAGAUGAUGAUUGCAUAUCAGAGCACAAAUCGUCCACUGGAACCUAUAAGUUAAGAGACUCUAGGAUAAUUGAAAUAGCAGGUGGUAGGGAAUUAUAUUCACAAAGUAGAAUAAAGGCAGUAAGAAAAUCUAGAAGUAGUCAGUAUUUAGGAGAAGAUGGGGAGAAAAAAGCCCAACGAGUACCAAUGAAACAGGGAGUAUGGGAACUUCGUUGUAAGAAUAAUGAAUCCAAAAAGGUUGCUAACUUGAGGGAAUAUACAGAGACUGUAUUUUCUUCUGAAGUACAUUCAAUGACACACAGCAAAGAAUCUCAAAGCCCAUCAAAUAAGCAAGUUAGCCCUCCAGAAAUGCCAUUUUCUGAGGAUGUAGUUGUUUUCGAUGAUAUUGGAGACUCUUGGGCUAAUGAAAAAGAAAAGCCUCAUGAACAUGAACAGAGCAGCUUUGCAGCUACUGCACCACAUACUUGUGAUCUUAAUAAUAUUGAUAGUAAUGAUAAAGUAGCUAAGGUUAUUGGAGGAUUGCCCAUCGCUGUCUAUGAGGGAUCACCAAGAAGGUAUGGGCCAAGACAGACUCAAACAAACAAUAGUAAUUCUCAUAUGCAGUUACCAAGUGCACAAAGUCUUCUUGCAUCUCCCAGUGUAUAUCCCCCAAGACCUGGAUUUCCUCAGAGGAUUGUUACAAGCCCUAGCCCUAGUGAAAGAGAAUGCAAUAGCGUUACUGACAAUUCAUUUAGUAAAAGAGACAGUUCGCCUCCGCUUCCAAAUACAACGACAUUUGAUUAUUUAUAUGAGUUCUCGGAGACGAGAAAAGUGUUGGAAGAGUUCUUUAAAUGUCCGCCAGAAGAAGAAAAUCGCUUGGGAAGCGAAUUCCAGGAUUUAGAAUAUGAAUUGAGACGACAGGCAAGUGAUUCUGGAAAUUCAUAUGUAGGAAAAAGAUUAGCUAAAGGUCGCAGCAGUGAACCUGAUUUUUGCAUGCGAAUUGAUUCUUCAGCGAAAUGUUUUACAAUUUCCAAAGACCCCUUACAGGACCAUGAUUAUCCUGAACAUGAGAAUAAUUUUCUUGACCUGUCGAUCGGUACGGGGUCAAGUGGAGAUUUGGGGGAAACCGAAGUUGGACUGCAAGUAGGACAUAGCAGAAAUUUUACCUUAUCGCCUGAAACCACCGAUUGCGACUCGAACUGUGGAGACUUAGAUAGUGAAGUUUCUCUCAUGCUUAUGGAGAAUGAUCUCGCUUCAUCUGGUGGACUCUUGGGAUCAAACAAUGAUAUAACGGUGCCUAGUGGUGAUACUUUAAGGCUGUAUUCAAGCAUGCCAGUUUUAGAGGACGGGUUAUCCUCGGGGCAUGCCAGUGAUACCGAUAAUAACAAUCCAACUGUUAUGCUUAUGAAAAGGCAAAUUACAGAGAUUGAAAGAGAAAUAAAUCAAAGCAUUUAUAUUCCUCCUAACAUACCACAAAAUAACGAACUCAGCGAAAAUGGCAUAUCUCCUCAAAAAGAGUGCCCUGUGUCCUCGCCAACUGAUAUUAAUAGUUGUAUAAAUAGUUUUGAUGAACCGCUUAACCUUUCACAGACUGAUUCUAUAGAAAAAACACCUCCACCUCCUGCGCCUGCACCACAUAGAAUGGUUACCGGCGCAGAAGUAACUAACGAUGUAGAAGCGGCUAUAAAAGAUAUCAGGUUGACCCUUCAAAGAACUAAAACUUUACCUUUACAGAGGCACCCUGGGAAUGAGUGUGAAGAAAACGGAUCUAGCCCCGUUUGGGUACCAAGCCAUUUUAGACAAAGGGGCCCUUCAACUACCAGUGCUGAUUCGGAAAGAAAGGCAAAUAGCGGCCCUGAAGAUGAAGAAAAUGAUACUGAUUUGGAAACAGAUAGACUUUUGGGUCAGCAAAGAACAGAUGAUCAGGGUUUUUUUGAUGAAAAGGACUGGAGAAAACCUAAAAGUCGAACUAUAAUGCCACCAUUAAGUCACACAAUUCCGCGACAAUUGCUCACCGCCACCACAACCGCCCCUCUUGACGAAAGCUCCGUUCCCUUAGUUCCGUCUUCCGAUAUGCAGACCUCCUCACCCCAAUCCCCUUCGGCCGUUUCUGAUAAAAGCCAAUCGCCUCAAAGUCAAAAAGGAUCGGUGUCUUCUAUGAAUAAAUCUAAAAAGGAGAAAGACAAAAAGAAAGCUCGGAGCAAAGAAGAUGGCAUUCAACGUUCAGUUCUAAUAGAGGGUGUACUAUUUCGUGCGAGAUAUCUUGGGUCUACCCAGUUGGUAUGUGAAGGUCAACCUACCAAGACUACCAGAAUGAUGCAGGCGGAGGAGGCAGUCUCUCGCAUUAAGGAGGCAUCCAACCAAAUGGUUGUACCGAUGAUUCCAUCUAUGUACGAGCCACAAUACGCGGCAUUUAGUUGUACAGAUAAAGGCAGUUAUACGGAAAAUAUUCAUACUUGCUCAGCGAUGGCACAAAGUUCUAUAAACAUUGACAAUACGAUUGUUUCUCCCAUGCAACCAUUACCAUUUAAUGAUACACCGUCGCUGGUCUUGAAAGCAAACUCGAGCGAGAACCAGUUUGAUGGUGGGUCGCCUGGUGGUACCGUAUUUCGGUUACUAUUCCUUGGUUCUGUCGAAGUGGACGAGGAAGGGGGUAGAAAAAGGCGAAAAAAAUUCAAGAAAAGUAUGGUCGAGAUCGCUGUCACUAAAAUUAAGGCUCCUGAUGGCGAGACUCAACCUAGUACUGAAGUCGACUUGUUUAUAUCGACGGAAAAAAUUAUGGUAAGUAAAAUACAGGUUUUAAACACGGAUUUAAAAGAAAUUAUGAUGGAUCACGCCUUGAGAACCAUAUCUUAUAUCGCAGAUAUUGGAGACUUAGUGGUUUUAAUGGCAAGAAGAAGGUUUAUUCCACAUGAAGUUGAAGAUGCCCCUAAGAUUAAUAGGACACCUAAAAUGAUUUGCCAUGUCUUUGAAAGUGAGGAGGCUCAGUUUAUAGCUCAAUCUAUUGGCCAGGCAUUUCAGGUAGCUUAUAUGGAAUUUUUAAAAGCGAACGGCAUUGAAGACCAUAGUUUUGUAAAAGAGAUGGAUUACCAAGAAGUGCUUAACUCUCAGGAAAUUUUUGGUGAUGAACUUCAAAUGUUUGCAAAGAAGGAAAUGCAAAAAGAGGUGGUAGUCCCAAAAGCAAAAGGUGAAAUCUUGGGAGUGGUCAUUGUAGAAUCGGGUUGGGGCUCGAUGUUACCUACGGUUGUGAUAGCCAACUUAGCGCCUGCAGGAGCAGCUGCGCGUUGUGGCCAGCUUAACAUCGGUGAUCAGAUCAUUGCCAUUAACGGUGUUAGUCUUGUAGGACUUCCCUUGUCCACGUGUCAAAACUACAUUAAAAACUCGAAAAAUCAAACCGUAGUUAAAUUGACUGUAGUUCCUUGUGCACCUGUCGUUGAAGUCAAAAUUAAACGACCCGACACAAAGUACCAGUUAGGAUUUAGUGUUCAAAAUGGAGUGAUAUGCAGUUUGCUUCGUGGAGGCAUAGCGGAGCGAGGAGGAGUUAGAGUUGGACACAGGAUCAUUGAAAUUAAUAAUCAAAGUGUUGUUGCAGUACCACAUGAAAAAAUUGUAAAUUUAUUAGCAACAUCCGUAGGAGAAAUUUUGAUGAAGACCAUGCCAACUUCCAUGUUCCGUUUGCUGACAGGGCAAGAAAAUCCAGUUUAUAUUUAAUUUAAAUUAUUUAAAAGGUUUGAAAGUGCCUACUUGUAGAUGAUAAUUUAACAAAAAAAAUCACAGACAAAAGUCCUCGGGAAUUUUUUUCAGUUUUGUCGUGUUGGAAGCGCAGAUCAAUAUAUUUUUUAUUGUUAGUAUAAGUUGAUCAGACUGAUGACAAUACGAGCAUGACCUGCGCUCUGCACACCAACAUGCAAUUUGGUAGUUUCAACUGUUUUAAUUAACUUUUUUAAUAGAGUCGUUCAUAUGUAGAGACAGGUGAGGAUUAUCUAUUUUUAAUUGUUGUCAUCUCCAAAUUAGACAUACAUUUAACUAAUUUUUAAUGUUUAUUAUUUCUUUGAUAAUCAAUUUAUUAUUCUUUAAUUCAUUCAAUUAUGUUUUUUUCCAUUAGAUUAUUAUGCAACCAGAAUAUUACGAUAGAAAAUAUUUGAAACAGCAAAUUAUUGUGAUAAAAAGUCCUACAGCAACUCGCUACCAAAAUUUACAUUAAUUGAAAAUAUCUUCUUAUUUUUUUUUACAAAAUAUGUCUGGUUUUAUGAGAUAUUGGAUUCAUCGCCUGUCAAAAAUCCUAACCAAACUCAGUAACUCAAAGAACAAAAAAAGUUCCUUCCUAUCAGAUAUGAAAUGUGUUACUUUAGAAAAUAUAUUAGCAUGUAUAUCGAUAGUUUUUUUAGACAGAAGAUUUCUAUUUUUCGUGAGGAAAAGCCGGUGAUUUAAUUUUUAUGUUGAUCCCAGCGUGUUCAAUAUUUAGAGGUGAUCCUUUUUUUAAUACUCAAGUAAAUACGUAUAUUUUGCUCAAGAGAACAAACAUUGGUUCUGUCCUAAGCAAAAAGUUAAAUCUAACUCAAAUGUGUAUAUUUUUUAUUAAAUCGGGUCAGUAGAACUAUUAGCUAUUAAAGAUUUUAGAAAUUUAAAUAACGUUUAGUCUUAGUUUAGUUAGGUUUAAAAUUUGCUUGCAGCAAUUUAGGUGGUACAAGUAAAUUGUUUGCUAUUAUAUUUUUCUUUUAAAAUCUUGCUGCAAGCAUUUUUGUUUGACUAAAACUACCAAAUUGCAUAGGGCUUUAUUUCGUGAUAGACCAUAUCUUCUGCUUUGUCGCGUUACUAUUUAUUGUGAAUGUGAAGAAAAAAUACCAAAGACUGUUGGUUGGCUUAGAAUAUUUUAUCUCCGUUUUUAUAGAUUUUAAAGUAAUUUAACCCCUCAUCAUUUAACAUUCCAUACAUGUAAACAGACUUAUGUUAAAUAGUAUAUAUAUUGCAUUCUUUAAGUAAAUAGAGGUUAGUUGUCUAAACAGUUGAUCAUUUUGACCUUCAUGAGGUGAAAAGGUGAAUUAUUUUUAUAAGAGUGGUCUUGAAAAUAUGUGAAUGAAAAAAUCACAACCUUGACGCGUAAGGUACUACUGUAACCAGUCCAUAAAAUACGCUUUUUGAGUCGGUCUUGCUAUUAUUGACUUCCGCGUUUUUAGAAAAAAUACAAAAUAAAUUCAAACAUUCAGAAUUGCGUUGGUUGCUGGAAUAUUUUAAUAAUAAUAUUAAAAUAUUCCAGCUCUAUUCCAAAUCUUUAUUCCAGUAUAAGUAUAUACAUAUAAAAUGACAAGGCAAAAGUGCAGUUGAACAACAAUAUUUUCUAGAAUAAUUGUUAAUAAAUAUUUCUGGAAAACUCGUCUAAAACAUGUAUGUUUAUAUCAUUACUAUGUAACAAAGCUAACUUUAAUGUCUAAUGUUUGUGUCUUUUGGGUUUUAUAUUUUUCAAAAUUUUGUACAUGUGAUGCAGUGAUCGCUCUCAAUAUCUAACUGCAUUCUGCAGCCAGCCAAACAACAUUUUAUAAUUUUUUUACUUUAUUAUGAUUUAAAGUAAACAAAAUGUGAGAAAAUAAAAAAUAAUAAACGCUCAGAACUAUUUCACUUGUUAUAAUGAAAUAUACAUACUAUAAAGCAUCAAGCACCCAUCAUUUUAUCAUAAGGACCUGGGAAAAAAUAUUUUUAUUAAAAUUGCGGAAAUAGUUAUAUAAUAGCAAACAUUGGAGGUGAGCAAUAUAGAAAAGCACUAUAUCUAAAAACGUUUUUUUUUUGUUAAGAUUAUCCUUUAUAAAAAAUAUCAUUCAAGAGAUUUUAUUAUCAACCUCCUAACUCACCCUGUAUAAAAAUAACUUUCACUUUCUCAUUUUGUUUGGCUUUUAAUGAUUCCAACUGAUCGACGAACAAAAGAACUACUUAAAGUUGAGUUUUUCUGUAAUACAUCACACAAAUUGUUUUAUUUAUUUUUACAUGCUAAUGGAUGGCAAGUUAAGGAUAAUUAGGGAAAAUUAAAAGGCUUUUUUAUAGUUUCUCAACAAUAAGAUGCCUAAUGGCACAAAUAAUAAGAUAAAGGCUGCUGUAAAGAACAAAAUGUCUUAUAAGCAGCCUUAACCACUUAUAAAGUAAACUUCAUAUUCAAUGUUUAAUGAUAACUCUUCAAUAUAAUACAUUCUACAAUAAAUUUAAAUGAGCUCGUAUAUUGUAGACACACCAAUGCAAUGUAGUUAUGUUUAUUGUGUCCUGUAGUUCUGUAAAUCUAUUAAGUUAAUUUUUAAAUCAUUAUGAUAAUCUUUAUUAUAGAGAUUAAAAAAAUAGUGUAAUGAAACUGAUAUAAGUGUGGAUAGAUUUACAGGAUUAUUAUUUUUCGCUUUAAAAAUCACUCUGACAAAAGGGAAGAUAUACGCAAUAUAUAUGCUUUGUUGGAAAAGCCACAUGCCGCUAUAGAUUUUGUGUAUUAAUUACCAAUUAGAGUAUUUAUAUUGAUUGGCAUGCAGCGUAUUACACCUCAAGUUUUCAAGAUAUUUAUAAUGCGAGUACCGAAAGUCAAAAAUAUAACUUAUACGCUCAAAUUUUGUUCCAGAACCAUCCAUGUUAUGCUCUUUGUAUAAAAUGCAGUUCGUGAAAUUAUUCCUUGUAAUAUAUUUUGUAUAUCUUUUAGGAAAUGUUUUUGUAAUCUUAGUAAAAUAUGGCGGAAUGGUAUUGUGUGCCUUUUCUUUUGCUGGCAUUCCGAUAAAAAAUACUAUUAUUGAAUUGUUUAAUCAAAUCAUUAUUACACCACUAUACGCUUCGUUAAUAACAAACCAAAAACGAGUAAAUAAUUUCAGUUAAAUUGAAAGGCAUAUUUUAGACUAUGUAAAUCAAAAAAAAUCAUAGAAAUUAACAGUGUAUUUAACCUGCCACUUGCUCUAUAAAUAUUAUUGUGAAUUGUA